CGCAGGGCCACCACAGAGCCGGUCUGCGUGUCCCCACAGACAAACACACAGGACACAAACACCGCUCCGAACCUGUGCACCCGCCGAGCCCGGCACCGCGCCGCCGCCACGGCCUCCCCCCGCAGCGCUGCCCCGGCCGCCGUGUCCGUGCCAGGGGGAGGUACCGGGAGGCGCCGCAGGCCCCGUCCCGCCUCCAUCCGCCGUCGCUCGGUUUUGUUUGUUUGACUCUGGGGUACAGCAGGAAACAAAACUAAAACCAACAUCCUGCCUCUCCCCAUCCCCCCCCUGGCCCGGCGCUGGCCAGGGGGCCGGUACGGCCUCAACUCCUCCCUGCUCCAAAUGGCGGACCUGGCUGCUGUAGAGACUUCCCCGACUCGUCUGGAGAAUGAGUUAAUGUAGUCACUGAAAAAUUCUGGAUGGAAACCAAUGUGUUCUGGAUCAGUGGUUUGGCAAUGGCCAAAUGCCAGUUUUCCCGUGUUCUUGUGAACAGUUUUACAUACAGAACUGUCCUAGAAAUGCACCUAGAUAAGAAUGAACAGAAGAGAGGUACUGUGGUAGACACAGGCUUUGUGUCAUGCUGGUUUCCAGUUUAAAAACCAGUAGGCUGGCAAUUUUAAAGGAACAGCAGCAAAGUGAUGACCAGGUGCCAAGUGCCAGCUUUCCUUAUUCAUCAGAUUCAAGAAGAACUGGGUAAAGAAGAAGAAGAGAUGAUGGUUUUCCUGUGCCGAGACCUUGCUCCUGACUUGGCCAAUGCUGAUCUGAAAGAGAUCCUGCUGGCUUUGAAUGAGAGAGAGAAACUGACUCCUGUUGGCUUAUCUGAGCUGUUGUACAGAGUUAAGAGGUUUGACUUGCUGAGGAGGAUCCUGAACACUGAGAAGGCAACAGUGGAAGCUCACCUUGCCAGGAGUUUCAGACUUAUCCCUGAUUACAGGGUACUAAUGGUAGAGAUAAAUGAAAAUCUGGAGAAAGAUGAAGUGGGUUCUCUUGGUUUUCUACUCAGAGAUUAUGCACCUCGUAUGAAAAUGGCAAAAGAUAAGAGUUUUCUAGCUCUUAUAAUUGACCUAGAGAAGCUAAAUUUGGUGGCUCCUAAUCAACUGGAUCUGAUAGAAAACUGUUUUCGAAGUAUUCACAGGAUAGACUUGAUUAGGAAGAUUCAGACGUACAAACGCAAAGCUUCAGUGUCCUCCGUUCAUUGUCAGCCAGUUUAUGUGAAUGCUCAUCCAGCCUCUGUCCCUAAUUUCAAUCUGAUUGAGCCUCCUUAUCAUUCAGGGAUUCAGAAUGAGAGCAUGAAAAAAUUACAAAAUGGAUCAAGUCUUACUCUGGCUGCAGCAGAACCGCUUCACUUGUCCAUUGAGGAGUCAGGAUCAGUGCCACAUAAGAUGUCUGAUGAUUCCUACAGAAUGCAAAGUCAACCUUUAGGAAUAUGCCUGAUAAUAGAUUGUAUUGGCAAUGACACUGAUGUGUUGGAAGAGACCUUCAGAGGCUUAGGCUAUGAAGUUCAUUGUCACAGAUAUUUAAAUAUGAGCUCCAUGAAUCAAACAUUGCUUGAAGUUGCAAGGUGGCAGAAGCACAAAACUUGUGACAGCUUUGUUUGCAUAUUGGUCAGCCGUGGAAACUCUCAGAGCAUCUUCUGUACAGACCACACCUUUUCUGGAUUCCCUUUGGAACAAAUAAAGAAAUACUUUACAGCAGACUCAUGUCCUGGACUCCUAGGAAAACCAAAGCUUUUUUUUAUUCAGAGCUAUGUUGUGCCAGAAAAUGAGCAAGAAUGUACCUGUCUGUUGGAAGUUGAUGGCAAUGCUGAUAAUAUCAGAGCUAAAGUCACUAUUCCCCAUACAGCAGACAUCUUUUGGAGUCAUUGCAAGGUGGAUGUGUCUACACUAGAACAAUCCCCAACUGCACCCUCAAAAUAUCUACGCUGUCUGGCUGAGCUACUCCGUAAUCCUUAUAAAAGGAAACUCUGUAUAUUGGCUAUCCAUAUGGAACUUAACAAAAAAGUUUAUGAUGGGAAUAUGACCACUGACCCAAGCCAACAGUACUCACUGCUGCUCCAGCACACACUGAGAAAGAGACUUUUUUUCCCACUUGAUUGCUGUUAAAAACUUUUGCAUUUGACAAGCACCUCUGCUACCCUAUAGACAACCAAAAGCAGGGAGAAUGGAACCAAGGAGACAGAUGAGGAAAAGAAAUGUGGAAAUUUUAAACAGGAACAAGAAGGGGAAUGGUAGGGAGCAUCAAGAGAAGAACAAGUAGGGGAAAGGCGAUUCGGAGGAGAAAUACAGUAUUAAUAUUGGAAGGAGAAGAAAACAGGAAAAAGGAAGUGAGAAUAAUAGUGGCUGUCUUUACAGACUCAAACGAUGUGGUGAGUUGGUUGAUGUUUUGUGGAUUGGUUGCUUGGGGGUUUUGAGUGAUGCUAAAUGCAACUAUUUACUUAAAAUAUUAGCGGUAGAAUAUAUUCUGCUUUUACAGUUUUGUGACAAGUUUGAUUUGGGAGUUAAGAAGGAUAUAUGUUCUUUGCCUUACUGCAAGACACAGUAAGUAAAAUCCGUGUCCCUUUCAUUAAGAAAUGAUGCAGAACUGCUGUUUUGAAAACUAGAGGCUCGUGUAAUCAACCCUUUCAGUGGAAAAGCAAGGGACUCUCUUUGUGAAUGGCUGCUUGGUUGGAAGUGGUUGUAGCCCUCUAGAGUUGUGGGGACAGACACGUAUUGUGCAGCGUUCAUGGGUGUCAGAUACAGAUUUUUUACACUGAUCCUCAGUACAUUCAUAAACCGUAGCCACGCACAAUCUCUAACCAUACAUCUAAGCAUUAUUUAUUGCCUUGACACCCCUUUCAGGUGUGGCAUUCAAGCAGGCUGGUUCCCUGUACCUGUUGCAUGGUGACUAUUUAUGCAGGACGACAGUUGUCCGUCACUUCUCCUGUUACAGAAUCAUGGAUUCAUAGAAUCCUGUUUAUAGAAUCACAGACUCAUAGAAUCUGCUGAGUUAGAAGGGACCCGUCAAGAUCAUCUAGUCCAACUCCUGGCCCUGCACAGGACACCCCAAGAAUCCCACCAUGUGCCUGAGAGUGUUGUCCAAAAGCUUCUUGAGCUCUGCCAGGGUUGGUGCGGUGACCAAGUUCCCUGGAGAGCCUGUUCCAGUGCCCAAGCACUCCCUGGAUGAAGAACCUCUUCCUAAAAUCUACCCUAACCAUCCCCUGACACAGUUUGAUUUCUCCAGUCCUGGCAGUGGUCACCAGAGACAUGCGGAGACUUGAUACCUCUGCCCCUCUGCUUCCCCUUGUGAAGAUGUCGAAUACUGCAAUGAGGUCUGCCCUCAGUCUCCUCUUCUCCAGCCUGAACAAACCGAGUGACCUCAACCCCUCCUCAGAGGGCCUCCCCUCCAAAAACCCUUACCAGAUUUCUGUGUCCCUCCAUACACAUGAUGGGGACUGUUUCUUCUUGCUGUAGUGCGCACUUAAGUGGAUGCAGGGUGUGGACUACAUCAAGUUGUCCCUGUACUGCAGACAGUGAAAUUAUCUCAGGUUAAAUGAUCCUUAGCCAAAAGAAAAGGGGGAAGAGAAUUUUGUAUGCAUCAUAAUUUAGGGUGUUAGCACAGGAACAUAGAGAGUGAUCUGCUGGUGAAAUUUCACGGUCUUAGACUGCCGAAAUGUCGAAAGUUUUCAGAACCUGUUAUUGAAGGAGGUAAAACAAGCUACGCUGCUCCUGCAUUGUGAGAGGUUGGAAUAAGGCUGCCAGAGUCACUGCUCUGGCACUUAACUACAGUUUUAGUUUCUGAUAACUGGGAAAAAAUUUAUUGUAGUUCUGUAUGUGCUCUAUAUAUGGAAGGUGAUGCCUUAAGUGGCUCAGAAGGUGUACUCAUGAGGCAAGAGUCAGUGGUGUUUUGUACCAGACUUGAGUUGCAUAGUUUUUCUCAGCCACCUACACUGAUGUAGCUAAGCCAUGAGUUGAGUUUACUUUGCACUGUUACAUAUUUGGGUAAUUACAGUGGUUACCAAUUCAUUAUCCAAAACAGAAGUUACAUUCAAGAGGAUAUUACUGUGCUAGCACUUGUAGAUGGAGUAUGUUGUGUGGCUGAUCUCCCCUUUCAACUCUUCAUAAGAAGUAACAGCAGCUCCUAUUACAGAUACCUGAGUCAGAGAAGCUUUUUAUGGGAGUUUCUGAGAAUUCUUUUCUGCUUUCCAGAAUUUCAAGUUUCUGACAUGCAGAACAGUAUUGCUGAGAAGAGGCUGCUGUCUGUGUGGAUGAUCUAUAUUCAAUUUAAAUUAAAUAUCCUGUACUGAAUUAUUUGUCAGCUUUUCUGUGGCUGGUUUAAAUAAUGUCUAUUUUUCAGCUUCUGUAUUAGAAACAAUAAUAAGACACUAUAAUUGGAUACAAAUGCUGGGUUUCAUGCUCAUAUUCUGAAUAAAAUUUCUGUAUGC